CUUCGCAUCAACGACGACAAGCGCUGACGAUUCACGUACUCCCUAGGCGCGAUGUCCGGGCGCGGCAUCUUUACCAAGGACGAUGGAAGGCCUGUUGUUUUUUUCCUGCACAAGACAAUCAAGGGGGAUAAGAGGAUCCUUCUGAGGGAGGAAAUUCAGAAACACGGAGGCCAAGUGACAGACGACGAUGACGAAGCAGAGACUGUGCUCAUGGAUGACUACACCCUCAAACCCACCGUCCUGCAACUACGCUAUGCUAUGCGCCCCAUCAACUCGCGGGUGCACGACUUCUGGGUCGAGCCACUCACGUUCGUGCGCAAGUGCGUGAAUUGGGGCGUCUAUAGCCACGAGGCGCGUAAGGUGGGCAUGCCAGGGAGGCCGGGGAAUGAGGAGGGGCUGUUCCGUGUGAACUUCACCGACAGCGACGACGAGCACCUCGUUCAGUUUCUUGCCACCCAUCUGCCCGACAAGUCGGCAGGUGGACGGACGGGUCUAGAGCCGUAUAAGCGCCUAGUGGCUUUGUACGACAAAGACGAUCCUGAUACUUGGGGAUUCGAAUGGGUCAGGCGCCAUACCUACCAAUCAUGGCACGAGCGCUACAGGAAGAAUCAAGCGCGUCUGGACCCCCUCAUCGAUGCCAUUGCUGCACGCGAAGACCCACCAGACACUGUCACGUACGAGCGGAAUCGGAUGUACCGGCAGGGCAAUCCCAAGCAUAUCUAUGUUCAGGAAGAAGAGGAGGAAGAGGAGGGCGAAGAGGAAGAGCAACCCCAGCAGGAACAAGAUUAUGAAGAGGAAGAUGAGAUCAGGGAAUUCAGCCCCACGCAGGUGGAAUACCAGACGGCGCCGGAUAAGACGAUGGAAGAGGACCAAGACGAGGAGGGUCAGCUGGAAGAGGACCAGUAUGAGUACGAGUACGAACAGCCUGCGUCGCGAGUCGCAGGGCAGAAGCGGCGCCACUCAGAUGGAGAUGCUUUGAUUGCACAGCGGCAAAGGUGGGACAAGCGCCCUCGCCUGACGGGCUCGCAGAUCAAGGGUAAACAACGAGCUGUCGAGCCCGUGGAAGAGGUAUACGAGGAGGAACCUCGUCCACCCAGCCCCACCCUGGUCGACCGACGGCAGUCCCAGAUAUACCCGCCACUCCCGGAAGAUACGCCAGAAGCUUCACCUCGCGAGUCCGCCUCGCCUGCAUCUAUAGCCAGUCGCUACACGCCAUCGCCAUCUACCCAACCGCUACCUUCAAUCAGCAAGCGACUCGCCGCCUCUCGCCAGCAAUCACCGCCUACACGAAACUUAGCUGCUGCCAGACCAUCACGGCCUCUGGUUCCUGUCUCCACCGCAUCCCAGAGCCAGCCGCCCGCUUCUCAAAGCCAGACUAUCGCUGCUCGAACCCGGACCGCCGCUCCACGGAACCAGUCCGCAGCCCGCACACGCAUCAAGCCUCGCCGUGCUCCAGUCAUCCCCGCCGCCGAGGACGCCCCCGCGGGCAGCACCCGCGCACGCUCGCGAGGGCUUUCCACCGAGCCCUCGCCGCCACGAACCCAGAAAUCGCCUCGACCGAAUCGGAAGCAGCGAGAGCGGCGGCAUGUUCCCGGGUCGUCUCAAUCGGAAGACGAAGAGUAUAUGCAGGCUGUUCGUGAGGAGGAGGGGCUGGAGAAUCCAUUUGUCCAGGAUGGAGACGAGGAUGGGCAACCUCCGGUGGAGGUGGAAGAAGAUGACAGCAGGGAUGAAGACGAGCUCAGGCAGGACGAAGACGAUCAGCCGCCGGCCGAGACACUGGAAGACGAGGACGCGGUCGUGCAUCAGUUGAUGGAUAACAGCGCAUUGUCAGCGGGUGGGAUCGAAGCGGAGACGUACGAUGAGGAUGCGGAGAAUCGGGACCCGCGCUUGGAGCGACAGGAGAGCGACGAAGGGAGUGACGAGGAGGAGGAAGUGGACGACGACGCGGAUGCAAGGGAGGGAUACAGUGACGAGCUCAGCUCCGACGACGCACAAACGCGAGAGCAUAUAUCCUUCCAGGCUCCUGCGUCUCCUAUUUCUGCCCCUCCUGCCAGGAGAGCCAACGUCUUCUUGCCCAAGGUGCCCCCGCAAGUGCGCCGCCUAGCCCGCGGCACACAACCCGCCUCCCAAAGCCUCCCCUUGCCUCAGACUCCGGCUCCGGGAAACACGUCGCGCUCAUUGCGAACGUCCCUGGCCGCCGACCUGCUCUCGCUCUCCAUGCAACGCUCGCCUCCACGGCAUCGCGGCCUUUCUAGCGAGUCCAGCGUCGAGAGCUACCCCUUACCAAAUACGCGCGCGAGUACGGAGAAGCAGAGAUUGACGCAGGAGCAGAUGCAAAGUCCGUAUGUGCCGGCACAAGGGACGAGAGCUGCGCGGCUUUUGCGAUCGCGGCUCAGAGCACAGGAGGCAGUCUGAAGGGAACGUUUGCUCAUGUAACAUAUUUGUACCAUACAUACUUCGGGAUGUGGCAUACCUUGUGCUUUGCAGGACGGAAUUUUUUGAUGCGUCUUUCGUG